CCCCCCCCCUCCAAAACCAUACGAUUGCUCCACUGAUUGCUGCCAUUUUUCUUCAAUUCUCCAUCUCAGAUCUCGCAGAAUUCAACAUGUGUUGUGGGAAGAUAUGCAUGAUGUGUACGUGCUUGAUCCUCGUCGUCAUAGCAAUCGGUAUGUUAUUUGGAUUUGGUGUUUUCGGCAAAGCUUUCCACAAGGUCAACAAUGAAUUGCAUUAUUCUUAUUCUCCAUCAUUUCAACCGGAUCCUGAUAUUCCCGCCGGUCGGCCGUUCUUCGUUUACGCUGCCCCUCCCCUUAGUGGUUAGUUUUUGACUAGGGAUUUGUUCGUGAUGUUCCUUAAUUUCAAGCGACAACAAUAUUCUAGUAAUAUGAAUAUUUUUACUUAUUUCUUAUAUUCUGCUUUCUUCAUGUAUAUUGUCUCUACAUUCCAUAAUUCACAUUGAAUCAUGCAAAAAUUAUUACUUUUAAC